GUGCUGGCUAUGAGUCAAUUACGAAGUGACAUAUUAACCAAGCGAAAAUGUAAAGAAAUUGAAACGGCCGAACAACAGUAUAAACUAUCUAAUAUUGCAGCUCCAAUUCAACCUUAUGAUAAUGACGAUCAAGAAUCGACAGAACCUUUGCCUUUCGUAAGUGAUAAUGAAACUAAUCCAUCGACUCCUGAUAAUCCAUCAGCCAGACCAAGUGAAAUAUCUGUUGAAGAUGAUGAAGAAGAGCAUUGGUCACAUGUAAUUGAAAAUUGGAUAGAUAUGUUAAAUGUUGAGAAUUGUUUAGAUAAUGUGGAAACUAUAGAUAAUGAAAUACCUGAAUUUGAAUUCGACGAGCAUAUUACUCAUCCUGCGGAUAACCAAAAAGCGAAAUAG